UCUCCCAUACACUCCAUCCCUCUUCGCCCUCAGCCCUCCCUCUCAUUCCCAUCCGUCCACAUCUGCCUCUCGCCCUCUUUCCCCUUGAAUUACCCUCCCUUCCUCAUCGAGCCCACCCCCACUGUCAUCACCCUCCUCCUUCGUCUCCUUCCCUUUGUCACAUCUGCCUCCUUCCCUUCCCCGGAGGGGGAGGGGAGAGGAGAGUGGGAGGGGACGGGACGGGACGGCAUGUCAUUGAGGCUCGGAACGGGGAGAGGAGAGCGGACCGACUGAAGAUUGGGGCCGCUCGGCAAUGCGGCGGCUCCGCAGAGCAGAGGUGUUGCUGCUCACCGCCGCCGCCGGGCUCGCCACCCUCCUGUACUGCCUGCAGCCCAGGCUCCGGCGCCGGCUGUGGGGAGCCGAGCGGGGAGAGUCCGGGGCAGCCGAUCUCCAGGAGGGGGACUUCCUGGAGGACUCUGAUGAACAGUUUGGGACCUUCGACGAGAGGAAAUACCUGGAGGCCAAACGCUGGAAGCCUGGUGAAGACCCUUACAAACUGUAUGCCUUCAACCAUCGAGAGAGUGGGCGGGUGCCCAGCAGUCGGGCGAUCAGGGACUCCAGGCAUUACAGGUGCUCCAUGCAGCAGUACAGCGCGGAGCUGCCCUCCACAAGCAUCAUCAUCACCUUCCACAACGAGGAGAGGGCCGCGCUGCUCAGGACCAUCCGCAGUGUGCUGAACCGGACUCCUGCCUAUCUCAUUCAGGAGAUCAUUCUAGUCGAUGACUUCAGUGAGGAUGAGGCGGACUGCCAGCUGCUGACCAGACUGCCCAAGGUGAGGUGUGUGAGGAACCAGCGACGGGAAGGACUGAUCCGGUCGCGGGUACGUGGGGCGGAUGAGGCUAAGGCAGAGGUGCUGACCUUCCUGGACAGUCACUGUGAGGUGAACAAGGACUGGCUGCUGCCACUCCUACAGAGAACCAAAGAGGACCCAACCUGUGUGCCCAGUCCCGUCAUAGACAUCAUCAACAUGGAUACCUUUGCUUACGUGGCAGCUUCGUCUGACCUGAGGGGAGGCUUCGACUGGAAUCUGAGCUUCAAGUGGGAGCAACUGAGCCCCGAGGUCAAGGCACAGAGAGUGGACCCCAUCGCUCCCAUCCGGACUCCCAUCAUCGCCGGAGGUCUCUUUGUCAUCAACAAGGCCUGGUUCAACCACCUGGGGAAGUACGACACUGUCAUGGACAUCUGGGGCGGAGAGAACUUUGAGAUCUCCUUCCGGGUCUGGAUGUGUGGGGGCUCGCUUGAGAUUAUCCCCUGCAGCCGAGUGGGACACGUUUUCCGCAAGAGGCACCCCUACGUCUUCCCAGAGGGAAAUGCCAACACCUACAUCAAGAACACAAGGCGGACGGUCGAGGUGUGGAUGGAUGAGUUCAAGCGUUUCUACUAUGCUGCCCGGCCGUCAGCCAGGGGAAAACCCUACGAAGAUGUGCAGAGCCGACUACAGCUGAGGAAGGAACUGAAAUGUAAAUCAUUCCGGUGGUACCUGGAGAACAUCUACCCCGAACUCAGGAUUCCUGUUGAAGCAGAUUCCCUCCCAGCUGUUAUCCGGCAGAGACAGGAAUGUGUGGGGACAGUCAGAGCUCUGGAAGGGGACCAACUAACUGUCACACUUCAGCCCUGCAGCCAAACGGCCAGCCAGGAGUGGACUUUCAGUCACAAGCAGCACAUCAUCCAGCGACAGCUUUGUCUCUCCGUGGCCUCCCUGUUCCCGGCAUCGCAGGUCAUUCUCGCAACGUGCAGUGACGAGGACGCAAAGCAGCGAUGGCAGAAGUCUGGCUCUCGGAUCGAGCACCAGCUGUCUCAUUACUGUCUGGACAGUGAGGUGCUGGGAGGUGCUGAGGACAGCCCGAGGGUCCUGGUGAUCAACCCCUGCGAGGUGGCAGUACUCAGUCAGCGCUGGGUGGUGGCGUAGAGCCGUGGGCAGGCCAGGCAGUGAGCAGCAACGCCCUGAGCCUGUCCCACAGCGAACAUCAACAUCGGCCUCUGGGACAGGAGAUGCACUGAGGUCCAAUCACGGCCCCCACCCCGUCACUGGAUUAAAUCUGGAAAGAGGCAGACUACGGACACGGUUGGAGCAAGAACUCAACCUGGACAGUUUGGGCAAAGACUGGAUCUCAGCCGUAUCAGUUCCUCGCCCAGUUCCUCAGAGCCUUCAGCUGUGUGGGAGAGCGGCGGUAGCCAGUGGGCCUCAGUUUACCACCCGCCCUUCUCUGCUCCUGAGAGGGUGAGGGUGAGGAUAACCUCACCCUUCUCUGCUCCUGAGAGGGUGGGGGUGAGGAUUUACCACCCGCCCUUCUCUGCUCCUGAGAGGGUGGGGGUGAGGAUAACCUCACCCUUCUCUGCUCCUGAGAGGGUGGGGGUGAGGAUUUACCACCCGCCCUUCUCUGCUCCUGAGAGGGUGGGGGUGAGGAUAACCUCACCCUUCUCUGCUCCUGAGAGGGUGGGGGUGAGGAUAACCUCACCCUUCUCUGCUCCUGAGAGGGUGGGGGUGAGGAUUUACCACCCGCCCUUCUCUGCUCCUGAGAGGGUGGGGGUGAGGAUAACCUCACCCUUCUCUGCUCCUGAGAGGGUGGGGGUGAGGAUAACCUCACCCUUCUCUGCUCCUGAGAGGGUGGGGGUGAGGAUUUACCACCCGCCCUUCUCUGCUCCUGAGAGGGUGGGGGUGAGGAUUUACCACCCGCCCUUCUCUGCUCCUGAGAGGGUGGGGUGAGGAUAACCUCACCCUUCUCUGCUCCUGAGAGGGUGGGGGUGAGGAUAACCUCACCCUUCUCUGCUCCUGAGAGGGUGGGGGUGAGGAUUUACCACCCGCCCUUCUCUGCUCCUGAGAGGGUGGGGUGAGGAUUUACCACCCGCCCUUCUCUGCCCCUGAAAGGGUGGGGGUGAGGCCCGCUGUAGUUCUGGUGAAGGUGCCCCCGGGGGCAGCUGGGGAUGGCGUUCUGGGAUGCACACCCAGUGACGUUGGAGGUCUGAGGACUUGGAGAGGAAGUUGAGGGAGUACGGGGCUGAGAGAGCUGUUGGUCACCUGAUGAUGUUUCCAUCUACUGUGGGUUCCAGGUGCGGGAUGGGUCUGUUUCGAACACCCAGAGCACUGUCCAUCCCCAAUUUGUGGAGGAUGUAUCACAACAAACAGGCGGUGGUUUCAGACCAUUCGGAAUGAAGGGGAGUCCGGGGGCUGUCACCCACUCUAAGGAACUGGGUGACGGGAAUGCUGAAUUGGGCUAAAUGCCAAGAGUGCUGGACACUCCAAGGUGUGUCUGUGGGGAAAGAAAGAGUCAAAGAUCCUCCACAGGCGCUGCUACAGCUCAGAUUCCCCAGAGGUGGGAGAGGGGGGCCGGGAGCCAAGCUGAGGUAGUGACUGAGCGAGUGAAAUCCUGUAAACCAGGGACAGUGGGAGGGAUGGGGUACCGGGAGACCAGGGCGCUAGGGGACGGGCACCAGGAGACAGGAGCCUUAGAAACAGACAAUCCUGCAUAUUGGAGAAGGGGGAACAUUGGGGGGCCAUUACUGACAGAGGGAUAGACACCGGCGUGGACACUGGGAGAGGGACAAACACCGGGGAUGGACACUGGGAGCGGGAUAGACACCAGGCUUGGACACUGGAAGAGGAACAAACACUGGGAAUGGACACUGGGAGUGGGAUAGACACCGGCGUGGACACUGGGAGAGGGACAAACACUGGGGAUGGACACUGGGAGUGGGAUAGACACCGGCGUGGACACUGGGAGAGGGACAAACACUGGGGAUGGACACUGGGAGUGGGAUAGACACCGGCGUGGACACUGGGAGAGGGACAAACACUGGGGAUGGACACUGGGAGUGGGAUAGACACCGGGGGUGGACACUGGGAGAGGGACAAACACUGGGGAUGGACACUGGGAGUGGGAUAGACACCGGCGUGGACACUGGGAGAGGGACAAACACUGGGGAUGGACACUGGGAGUGGGAUAGACACCGGGGGUGGACACUGGGAAAAGGACAAACACUGGGGAUGGACAAUGGGAGUGGGAUAGACACCGGGGGUGGACGCUGGGAGCGGGAUAGACACCGGGGGUAGACACUGGGAGAGGGACAAACACUGGGGAUGGACACUUGGAGAGGUACAGACAGUGGGGGAAUGGACUAGGUGAGGGACAGUCUCUAUGAGAGGGAUGGAUACUGAGGGACGAACUCGGAGGUUGGGGUUACUGGGUGACAGGACAUGGGGACGCUAUUGGAGGGAGACAGUGGGGGAACGGGCACUGGGGGAUGGGACAAACCGGGCCAUGGUCUCCUGCUGCCCUGAUCCGGGGCAAAUGAAAGUGUGAGGGGCAGCGAGCGAGCAGCUGCGGUGUGGGACGUCGGGACCGAUUGCAGACCGGAUAUACCCCGUGUUUGGUGACAGUAAACUGCAAUG